UUGAAUCCUGUAUUAGCUAAACUCAAACAUACUCUCUCUCUCGCUACACACUCAUAAUUAUUGACAAGAAGAUAAACACAAAAACGACGAGGCGUUUUGAUAACAAAGAACAGAAGCGAAGUAAAGAAGAAAAAAAAUUAUAAAGUAAAAGAAGAAAAAGAAGUGAAAUCCCUAGUUUCUAUUCCCAGGAUUCAGCUUCGUCAGAUCUAAGCAGAUUGGAGAUUAAUCGGUUACUUAGCGUUGGAACAUUGUUGAAUCGUUUGAGCUUUGCAUAACCAUUGGAACUAAGAACUCUGAAGGUGAUUGGUUUGAAAUGGGGACUUAUGAUCAAGGUUCUAAUAAUAUCAGUCUAGUACCCUUGGACUCUUCUAGAAAGAGGAAGAGUAGGAGUAGAAGAGACGGGUCUAGGUCUGUGGCUGAGACACUGCAAAAGUGGAAGAAAUACAAUGAGAAUCUCCAGUCUGGUAAAGAGGAAGGUAAGCCUACUCGAAAGGCUCCGGCGAAGGGUUCGAAGAAAGGGUGCAUGAAAGGGAAAGGAGGACCCCAAAAUUCACAGUGUAACUAUAGGGGUGUUAGGCAGAGGACAUGGGGAAAAUGGGUUGGCGAGAUUAGGGAGCCAAACAGAGGGAGUAGGCUUUGGUUGGGUACUUUCUCCACCGCCGAAGAAGCUGCCUUAGCUUAUGAUGAAGCUGCUAGGGCCAUGUAUGGUUCUAGUGCAAGGCUAAACUUUCCACACAUAACGGAUUAUAGUUCUAUCAAGGAAUCGACGAAGGAUUCUUCAACGGCUACAACUACUUCCUGUUCUAGUUCUUCGGCUGCAACUCCUGCUGCUUCCGACACGACUACUGUAUCAAAUCAUUCGGAGGUUUGUGCCUUUGAGGAUGUAAAGGAGCAAGUGCAAGUUGGCAAGGUGAAUGGUACUGUUGUUGCCUGUCAUAAGGCUUAUGAUUCUGUUGCUUCCCCUACUAGCAAGGUGAAGCAAGAGCUACUGGAGGAGCCUGAAGUUCUCACGGAUCCUGGGGGAGUUGAAAUCCAGAAUUUACCUCGUGAUGAGGGACAAGUUGCCAUGGGUGAUGUAAAUAAAGAUCAGAUGGACUUGUCCUGGAUUGAUAAUUUUGACUUUGAAGGUGGUGAUUACUUGAAGAACUUCUCCGUGGAUGAGCUAUUUCAGGUGGACGAGCUUUUGGGGGAUAUAGACAAAAAUCCAAUUGAGGACUCUUCAUUGAUGCAAGCCUUGGAUUUUGGUCAAAUGGAUAAAGGUCUGGAUUUUAGUCAAAUGAAUUUCCCUGAUGACAGCAGUCAUCAGGCUGACAUCCCUUCCAGCUAUUUGUAUCAAUUGGAGAAUCCGGAUGCCAAGUUCUUAGGAAGUUUGCCCCAUGUGGAACAAAUUCCAUCAGAUGCUGAUUAUGGAUUGGAUUUCCUAAAAGCCGAAGAACCGGAGAACUGCAACAAUGGCGGGGAGCAAGAACAUCGUUUUAUCGAUUUGAAAUGCCUGAACAAUGAUCCAAAAGGGAAUAAUGCAAACGUUGAAGGAUGAUUAGAGAAAAGGAUGCGUUGAGAGUUUUGUUAAGGAUGUCGGAUUUCCUCACGGUCUGCGCAACGUGCCGCUUCCUCGACUAGCUCCAUCAGCAUCGGUGGGUUUGCUAGUUACGUAGCUUUUCAUAAAAGAGAACUAGGAUAUAUGUCUUCUCUCUAUGGUCACUUGUUUGCUUUUGUUUUUGUAGGCUAAUUCUCUGGUAUUUUAAGAAUGGAGAAUUUAGCUGAUGGCAUUUGUUAAUUUUUUUUUUAGUCUUUUUUGUUUGGGUUUUUGGAAUCGAUCUUCAUGGAUGAAGCUGAGGAAUAGGG